UGGUAGAUGAUUGGAUAGAAUCAUACAAGCAUGACCGAGAUAUAGCACUUCUUGACCUUAUCAACUUUUUUAUUCAGUGUUCGGGCUGUAAAGGGGUUGUCACAGCAGAGAUGUUUAGACAUAUGCAGAACUCUGAGAUAAUUCGAAAAAUGACUGAAGAAUUUGAUGAGGACAGUGGGGAUUACCCACUAACUAUGGCUGGUCCUCAAUGGAAGAAGUUCAAGUCCAGUUUUUGUGAGUUCAUUGGUGUAUUAGUACGGCAAUGUCAAUAUAGUAUCAUAUAUGAUGAAUACAUGAUGGAUACUGUCAUUUCACUUCUUACUGGAUUGUCUGAUUCACAAGUCAGAGCAUUUCGACAUACAAGCACCCUGGCAGCUAUGAAGUUGAUGACAGCUUUGGUAAAUGUUGCCCUAAAUCUUAGCAUUAAUAUGGAUAACACACAAAGACAGUAUGAAGCAGAACGAAAUAAAAUGAUUGGAAAACGAGCGAACGAAAGGCUAGAACUCCUCUUACAAAAGCGGAAAGAGCUUCAGGAAAAUCAAGAUGAAAUAGAAAAUAUGAUGAAUGCAAUAUUUAAAGGAGUAUUUGUACAUAGAUACCGGGAUGCAAUAGCUGAAAUCAGAGCUAUAUGCAUUGAAGAGAUUGGUAUUUGGAUGAAGAUGUACAGUGAUGCCUUCCUUAAUGACAGCUAUUUAAAAUACGUUGGUUGGACUAUGCAUGAUAAGCAAGGUGAAGUGAGGCUCAAAUGUCUUACUGCUUUACAAGGGCUUUAUUAUAACAAAGAGCUUAAUUCCAAACUGGAACUAUUUACCAGUCGAUUCAAGGAUAGAAUUGUUUCUAUGACCCUUGACAAGGAAUAUGAUGUUGCAGUACAAGCAAUAAAGUUACUCACUCUUGUUUUACAGAGUAGUGAAGAAGUUCUUACUGCAGAAGACUGUGAAAAUGUCUAUCAUCUGGUUUAUUCAGCUCACCGGCCAGUAGCAGUAGCAGCUGGAGAAUUUCUCUACAAAAAGCUCUUCAGCCGUAGAGAUCCAGAAGAAGAUGGAAUCAUGAAAAGAAGGGGAAGACAAGGUCCAAAUGCCAACCUUGUUAAGACUUUGGUUUUUUUCUUCCUUGAAAGUGAGUUACAUGAGCAUGCAGCAUACCUUGUGGAUAGCAUGUGGGACUGUGCCACCGAGCUACUGAAAGACUGGGAAUGUAUGAAUAGCUUGUUGUUAGAAGAGCCACUUAGUGGAGAGGAAGCUCUAACAGACAGACAAGAGAGUGCUUUGAUUGAAAUAAUGCUUUGUACUAUUAGACAAGCAGCUGAGUGUCAUCCUCCUGUGGGAAGAGGGACAGGAAAAAGGGUGCUAACAGCAAAGGAGAAGAAGACACAAUUGGAUGACAGAACAAAAAUCACUGAACUUUUUGCUGUGGCCCUUCCACAGUUAUUAGCAAAAUACUCUGUAGAUGCAGAAAAGGUGACCAAUUUGUUGCAGUUACCUCAGUACUUUGAUUUGGAGAUAUACACCACUGGACGAUUAGAAAAGCAUUUGGAUGCCUUAUUGCGCCAGAUCCGAAAUAUUGUAGAGAAGCACACAGACACAGAUGUUUUAGAAGCAUGUUCUAAAACUUACCAUGCAUUAUGUAAUGAAGAGUUCACCAUCUUCAACAGAGUAGAUAUUUCAAGAAGUCAGCUGAUAGAUGAAUUGGCAGAUAAAUUUAACAGGCUUCUUGAAGACUUCCUGCAAGAGGGAGAAGAACCUGAUGAAGAUGAUGCAUAUCAGGUAUUGUCAACAUUGAAGAGGAUCACUGCUUUUCAUAAUGCCCAUGAUCUUUCAAAGUGGGAUUUGUUUGCUUGUAAUUACAAACUUUUGAAAACCGGAAUUGAAAAUGGAGAUAUGCCUGAGCAGAUUGUUAUUCAUGCACUGCAGUGUACUCACUAUGUAAUCCUUUGGCAGCUUGCUAAGAUAACUGAAAGCAGUUCUACAAAGGAGGAUUUACUGCGUUUAAAGAAACAGAUGAGGGUAUUUUGCCAGAUAUGUCAGCAUUACUUGACUAACGUGAAUACUACUGUUAAAGAACAGGCCUUUACUAUUCUGUGUGAUAUUUUGAUGAUCUUCAGUCAUCAGAUUAUGUCUGGAGGACGUGAUAUGUUAGAGCCAUUAGUUUAUACUCCUGAUUCUUCAUUGCAGUCUGAGUUGCUGAGCUUUAUUUUGGAUCAUGUCUUCAUUGAACAGGAUGAUGAUAGUAAUAGUGCAGAUGGUCAGCAAGAGGAUGAAGCCAGUAAAAUUGAAGCUUUGCACAAGAGAAGAAAUUUACUCGCAGCAUUUUGUAAGUUAAUUGUAUAUACUGUGGUGGAGAUGAAUACAGCUGCAGAUAUCUUCAAGCAGUAUAUGAAGUAUUAUAAUGAUUAUGGAGAUAUCAUCAAAGAAACAAUGAGUAAAACGAGGCAGAUUGACAAAAUUCAGUGUGCUAAGACCCUUAUUCUCAGUUUGCAGCAGCUUUUUAAUGAGAUGAUACAAGAGAAUGGCUAUAAUUUUGAUAGAUCGUCUUCAACAUUUAGUGGCAUAAAAGAACUUGCUCGACGAUUUGCUUUAACUUUUGGACUUGAUCAAUUGAAAACAAGAGAAGCCAUUGCCAUGUUACACAAAGAUGGCAUAGAAUUUGCUUUUAAGGAGCCUAAUCCACAAGGGGAGAGUCAUCCACCUUUAAAUUUGGCAUUUCUUGAUAUUCUCAGUGAAUUUUCUUCUAAACUGCUCCGACAAGAUAAAAGAACAGUGUAUGUUUAUUUGGAAAAGUUCAUGACCUUUCAGAUGUCACUCCGAAGAGAAGAUGUAUGGCUCCCUUUGAUGUCAUAUCGAAAUUCUUUGCUAGCUGGUGGUGAUGAUGAUACCAUGUCAGUCAUUAGUGGUAUGAGCAGUCGGGGCUCAACUGUAAGGAGUAAAAAAUCAAAACCAUCAACAGGAAAACGGAAAGUGGUUGAAGGAAUGCAACUUGCACUCCCUGAAGAAAGCAGUAGUAGUGACAGUAUGUGGUUAAGCAGAGAGCAAACACUGCACACCCCUGUUAUGAUGCAGACUCCACAGCUCACCUCCACUAUUAUGAGAGAACCUAAAAGAUUACGGCCUGAGGAUAGCUUCAUGAAUGUCUAUCCAAUGCAGACAGAACACCAUCAAGCUCCUCUUGAUUAUAACACGCAGGUAACAUGGAUGUUAGCUCAAAGACAACAAGAGGAAGCAAGGCAACAGCAGGAGAGAGCAGCAAUGAGCUAUGUUAAACUGCGAACUAAUCUUCAGCAUGCCAUUCGACGUGGUACAAGCCUAAUGGAAGAUGAUGAAGAGCCCAUUGUUGAAGAUGUUAUGAUGUCCUCAGAAGGAAGGAUUGAGGAUCUUAAUGAGGGAAUGGACUUUGACACCAUGGAUAUAGACUUGCCACCAUCAAAGAAUAGAAGAGAGAGAACAGAACUGAAGCCCGAUUUCUUUGAUCCAGCCUCAAUUAUGGAUGAUUCAGUUCUUGGGGUGUCAAUGUUUUAAUACCAGUACACAUUUAAAUCUGUGGUGAAGUCAUUCUCUAAGUGGAAGAGGAAAUUUUAAAAUAAAGUGUGGUAGAUACAGUGAAAUUCUGUACAGAUUUUUCUCUAAGGAGAAUAUAACAUGCUUAUGCUUAUCAAGAUGAAGUGCAUUGAGGGGCAGUUUUGUUUGCCUGAAAAAAUAAAGGACAAGUAAACAAUUUGAUGAUAAGCUACAGUUUUCUUAGAAAGUAAAUAUUUUAUUUAUGCGCUGUUAGUUGGCUUUUAAAUGAAUUAUUUCAUGCUUUUUUAAAAAAAAUAUAUAACAAUCCGAAGAAGUAUUUGGUACAGAUAAGAAUCUUCUCACAUUUAUUUACUGGUUGUACUAAAUAAUGAUGACCUCUGCUGGAUUUCUGUUUACAUCCAUGAAACAAAAGUUAAGGUUGGAUUUGUUCCCUGACCCUGAAAUUGUAGGAUAGAAUUGUUUUUAGCAUUCAAAAUUUAAAUGCUUAAAACAUCAAUCAACAAAACUUUGUUUUAAAUGUUGUAAUUGUGGGAAAAAGUUAAACUUAUAAGCAGAACUUUUACAAUUUUUUCAUCUGAAAUGUAUUUUAAGAUAUUUUUAAAAUUCAAGAGCUUCUGUAUACUUUUCAGAAAUAUCCAGAUGCAGUGAACUGCCAGAAGGUAACCAGUCUCAAACAUGCUUAUCCCAUAUCAUCCCUGAAAGUUUGCUUGUCCUUUAAGAUAAAAAUGUAAUGUUGUGAUAUUCCUUCCAGUAGUGCCACUGUAUUUUGUCUCCAAAUAAAAGAAGCUUAUUGUAGUAUGUUUGCAGAAAAAUUUAAACAAAAAUUAUACAGCUUAUUAGAGUGUGGGAAUAGGGAUCUAAAUUUUAAAUAAAAUUAUAUAUAUAUAAAUUGGUGCUGAUUUUAUAAUUGCGCAGUUUGUUUAGUUUUUUCUUACUUUUCAAUUCCAACUUAAAAUUAUGAGGUUUCAGAAAUAUAUUGAAAGUUUAACAAUGUUUAAAAAUAGAAAAGCAUGACUGUUCAUGCUUUAAAAUGAUUUUUAAAUUUGUAUUUUAUAUUGUUUUAUCUAUCUGUCUUUGCAAGCAGUCUUCAGGUUAAAGAUACUUCUAACAGGUUACAGUACAUUUCCUCUGUAUGUAAAUUAGAUGGGAUAAUAGAAUUCAUAACCCAUAAUAUUCUUUGAAAGCUUAGCUUUAAACUUCAUUUUAUGUCCUUUCACAAAUGAAUUAGUUUAAAACAGAAAGUGGCCACUUGCCAUUUUGACAUCAGCUCAUUUGCAAGGCUUAGGCAGCUAGACAUUGUUUAAAACAAAAUAUUAACUUAUAUUACAUGUAUAUCUAUCUUUCGUCAGUUGUCUCUCAGUUCUUGAGGUAUAUUAUUUUAAUCAUUCCAUGCCUUAAUAUGCUUGCAAUACAAGAAUAUCUUCAAAUGUGUGAAUACCAAAAGGUUUCUGGUUUUUUGAGUCAGGAAGUCAACAUUGGGCUGUGGUAGCCAAAAAACCAUAGGAAAGCUGAAAGACCACAAAUACACUUAUUUUAUUAAUUCAUGGUUAACAAAUAAAACCAGACUUGUCUAACAUAGUUUCCAUCAACAAACAUUGUUAUGUGCAAAUGUAUUGCAUAUGUUCUUUUACACACCACUGCAUUUUCCUAGAACUGCUGAGAGGACUGUAUAUAUGAUUUUAAACCUAAGUUGAUUUUUUUUUUUUUUUGCUCACUCUUAAAAGGAGUACUUCUUUGUGAAAGCAGUUCUUACGGCUUUGUUUUCAACCAGCUAAAAAUGUUUUAUAUAUUACUCUAACCUGUUGUCCUCCACAUUCUAUUGUCCUAAUUGUACUGUUUUCUGAUUUGUAUUUAUGUCUUGAGACAGUAACUUUUUGAAUAAAAAUAAACCUACAGUA